AUGUCUACAGCAGACUACCUGGACCGUUUGAGACCCGAUGGAACGGUCGAAGCCGAAUCUUAUAUCAACGACAAUCUCCCACGACUUGUAUACUUUCAGUUUCUCGUUGCUGCUUCGAUCCUCCAUACAGAUCGUCAGCUUUCACUCGAGAUUCUCAACUGGGUGUGUAACCUUAGCGCAUCGCCGACUACAGUUAGUCUCAACAUUCAAGCCUCGUCGUUACACAAUACCCUUAUUCUUUCGAAUACCCACAACAUCUUUAAUGUGCCGUCCGUCAACAUCUACGCCAGCAAGCAAGUGUUGAAGUCUCGACUCAUCGUGGCGAAAGCUUUAGAGGAUGCGUUCCGAAGCUUCGCGGCUCAGGACACCACCAGAGGUAACUUCGCAGCUCUGACAGCCAACAUGCUCGCACGCAGCGAGGAUGCCAUUACCGAAUACCAGGUUCUCGAGGCUUUGGCUCAAAAGGGGUACGAAGCGGCGGUGAACGCCAACAAUGUGGCCCAAAAGCGUUUCCUGGAGAACGAAAAGUCUCUCGACAAGGUCCAGAAAGAUUUGAACGCUGGUAUCGAUGCAUGGAGCAAGAAAAAGGAGCAAGAAGCCGUGGUGGGCGUAUGCAAGGCCGUCGUAGACGUUUUCGGUGCGGUGGCCGCGACAGUCGCUACAGGAGGUCUUGCAGCACCCUCAAUUGGCGCCGCCAUCAAUUCAGACGUGGGAGUAACCAAGACGCUAACUGAGAUCUUUAAAAAGCUAAAGCAGUUUUACGAGGAGAUCAAGCCUGUGAUUGAGUCUUUGACGAAGCUGGCUGGUGAGGUGGCCGGAGUUGUAGCGACUCUUGAGGCAGCAAAGAAACAUCGCGACGAGACUGCAGUGCAGCGUCCUGAUAUGGACAUGGAUGUGUUCAACGCAACCGCCCUGUGGGACAUUUUUCGUGAGCAGGUCGAUGACAUGGAGAAAGCCAUUGCGAGUGUCGACUGUGACGGGAAGCGAGAAUACUUUCUCUCCCUCCGCAAAUUGGCUGUCAAUGGCAAGACCUAUCUGCAAACACAGGAAUACCUGUGCAGGCGUGGCGAUGAUCUUGCUGUCGUGCUCGUCAAGCUGCAGCGCCGCGACCAGGCCCGCCUCACUCUCUCUACUACGACCCUGAUGCAGCAAGACGCCGUGCUCGACAUCUUGCGGCGUGCCAUGUUCGACCGUCUCUUGUCGAUUCGCUCUUUGAUUUUUCUAGACUUCCAGUCAUAUUCUGAGGCCUACAUGCUCCAUGCCCUCACACCUUACUCCCCCAUCGCUUUCUCGCCUGUUCAGCCAGUUGUGGAUUUCCUGGACGCUGCUGCCAAACUCCAGGGCAGCGUUGCCGCCUUUGGAUUACGCGUCCAGAUCCAGAACCGCCGUUUUGUAAUUCGCACACUUGGAAAUGCUACGGACGCAACGGAUUCGCGAGCGCAAUUGGGUGCCGGGCAAUCGGUUACGGUCUCGCUUCGCCCAGGUCCAAACAUCUUCAACGGCUUCAGCCGUAUCCGUGUCAGUCGCGUUCGAUGCUAUCUUGAUGGGGUGAAGACGGUUUGCCCACCCACGGGGAUUGACACCUUGAGGUUGUAUCUCAAGACACCAGGCCGCUUUUCCGAUAUCGCGUUGCCUGGCGCCCGGACAGACAGGGUGCCAAAUUUCGUGGGAGAUGCCCUUGCUCUGCUAUUUGAGUACGUUCCUCUAGAUGGGUCGAUUGUCUGCGACAGAGAAUACAGUCAACAGAGGGACUGCACGCUUCAAACACCGCUGACCGAGUGGGAGGUUUGUAUUGCACCAGGUGGCCUUGAGGUGAAGGACCUUGACCUUGAAGAGUUGAUGGGGUUGAGGAUGGAGUUUUGCUAUGCUGGAGCCUCAGCUGCCGGGGCUGCUGCUGGCGCUGCCUCUGGUGCCGCCUCGGGUGCCAUAUCCGGCGCUGCUGCCGGGGCUUUCGCGGGUGCUGCCGCCGGAGCGGGAGCCGCUGCUGGAGCCAACUUUGCCAACAACAUGCGGCCCAUGACCCCAGCUGCCAUGACAAUGCCAAUGAUGGGGUACAGCAUGGGUGCCGGACCUGUCUCCAUGACCGCUCAGUCCUUUGUUUACACUUCUCCCGUCGGGCCCAACACGGGCAUCCCGAUCCAGAUCACGUCCUUUUACCCCAUUGGCACAUUUGUUGGCCCUGGCGGACCUGUCCAGGCGCCUAUGAACGGCUACGCGCCUCCGAUGGCCAUGCCCGUUCGCCUAGCUCCUUAGACCGCUGCUGGAUUUGAUCAAUGGAGGGAGCAUAAGAGAGGGGAUCUGGUUUCGAGUUAGAUUUUUGAAUGGCCUUGCACAUUGAGGUUGGGGAUAGGGGUUAUGAAUCUAGUUUUCUUUUGUGCAGGGACACGUUAGUUGCUUGGGUUUAUAGCGUCCUCUGGUAUAUUCGUGAGAGGGAUAUGAGGAAAUAAACAUUGUUAGUUUUGAA